AUGCGUUUAGGGGAGGAGAAUAAUACUCAGUGCGAAGAUGGUACGAUGACGAAGAAUGAGGUCGACUGCCAAAUGCUCACUCUGAUCAACACCCGACGAGCGAUCUUGGCCUCUGGCACGCAAUAUAAUGGGUUUAUGAAUCAACUCACGCAGGGAGAACAACCCAAAGUGCUUCCGCCAGCAAAGAAUAUGCGCAAAUUGAAAUGGAGCUGCGAUCUUGAACAGAAAGCCAAAACGCGCGUAGAAUCAUAUGCGGACAAAUGCACAGACCCUUUUGACUUGCAGGAUGAAUCGGAUGUCUUCAUGACUGAUUACUUUGAUCCUGAUGGUAUUACCGACCCUGUUUUUGAUAUUUCUGAGCAACUAUGGCAGAUUCUUAGCCCCAUUGAUAGCCAGAACCUCACUAGUGUUGAUGACAGCGCCGUAAAGUAUUCGGGUAAUUCUGCUACAACAGACGAAUCUGGACUAAAGGCAUAUGCAACUCUAAUGAGUUCUGAGGCCAAAGAAGUAGGAUGCUCUUAUGCUACAUGCGACACUGCAACUCCAAAAGUCUUUUAUUUUCUAUGUAUUACUGAUAAAGGAGAAAUACAGCCGGGAGACACGAUUUAUGAAGUGGCUGAGAAGAAGGGUUGCAACUGCGAUGAAGCUGGAUUGACUUGCGAUUCGUCCGGCCUGUGCGUCGAAGCAGUCAACACUACACAGGCGCCAACAGUGACAACUUCCGCCGCAGUUACCAGUGGGGCCGGCUCUCUAGCGCCUGAGACGACAACACUUCUAUCCUUGGCCGAGUUCCCCGGGUCAAGUUCGGCAGAGCCAAGCACUUGGUGCACUUUUGGCGAAAUUUCCGACACAAUGAGAAUGCACAUGCAAGACACUCACAACUUCCGAAGAUCAACUCUCGCCUUAGGACAAAUUACAGAUAACACAGGAGCCACAUUACCGGCAGCCACAAACAUGAAUUACCUGCACUGGAACUGCACUCUGGAAGAACAAGCCCACAAAUUCCUCAGAAGCUGUCCAACGGAAGGUUACCAAAGACCGAGUGAUGAUCUACCGGCACAGAAUUUCUAUCGCCAAACAAUUACUUCGAACGAGCCAACGUGGAGAGACAUGAAUAAGAAGACGGUUACGGAAUGGUGGAAACCUGUGCGAAAGGUUGCCGGUCCAGGACAAAGUGCCAGAUUCAGUCUUGCACACAACAGCACCAGCAUAAGAUCUUACACCCUAAUGGGCUGGGCGGAAAGUCAUCAAAUGGGUUGCUCCAUUGCCAGGUGCGGUAGCGAUUGGGUGGAAGCGUGUCUCUAUUACCCUCCAGGAAACAAACCCGGCGCCCUGCAGUACAAACCUGGCAAGGCAUGCUCUGAAUGCAACACUCUUGGACAGGGACCAUGCCAAGCUAGUCUGGGACUGUGUGACUCAGAGAAGUGAGAGCAUAUAUUGUUUAAGUUGGGAAAUAGUCGGGUAUCUGUAGUUAUUCUCGUUCUUUCCUAUGAUGAUUUUUUUCAAAAUAAAUAUUAUACGGCAUU